UUCUGCCGAACAUUGCCGCUUCAAAAUUCAUUCUGAGAUUAUCGUUUCGUUGAAUCAUCAAUAACCAAUUUCGGCAUUUGGAAUUCAGCAAUAAUCGGAUUCGAAUUCUGUGUAAGAACCAGCAACGUAAUUUCGGUUUCCUUCACCGAUUCGCGAUGGCAUAACUGAAUCCCCGAAUCGGCGGUUGCGAUCCUCAACAAUGUCUUGGGGAUUGGGAUGGAAGAGGCCGUCGGAGAUUUUCCGACUCACUCUCAACUAUGGCAACGACGAUCUGACGGAAAAUCUCGGCCGCGACUCGAGCACGUACCAUUCGGCCUCGUCUUCGACGUCUUCGUCAUUCUCCUCUUCUCCUACCGCCUUGAAGGAUCAGGAGCUAGGGUUCCGCAUUGAAUUGGAUUGGUCGGCAACGGAGGAUGAGGAGCAGGCAGCGCUGAAGCUUCAGUCGCAGCUCAUGGUGGCUCUGCCGAUGACGCAGGACACCGUGGUGGUGGAACUGAGGCCUCGGGAUCCGGAAGAUGAUGCAUAUAAUACUGUGAAUUUGGAUAUGAAGGUUGUGAAGAAGAGAGAUCCUCUCAGGGCGGUCACGAUGAUCAAGGCUGUUGGCUCCGGCCAGCAGAGCGAUGGCACCGGUGUUUUGAUUCGAUUGUUUCGCUCUGAUUUGUCGUCUCCUCCUGAAGCGUCCCCGCUUCCACCGCGAGUUGCUGAUUACGGCGACCAUUGGAAGAGUUUUUCGGUGCUCACAAUUUCCGGCUGUGGCUUGUCAGUGAGUAUUUGUUAUUGCAAGUCUCUUGUCAAGUUAUAUUUUAAAAAAUUUCCAUAUCCAACUAUCUGGCUGAAGUUGGAAUCUUGCGUUGAAGAAUACAUAGAAAAGAAUCGUCAGGCAUUUCUUGGAAAUGCCUGCGAGAGAUUGCUUCUUCCUUCUCAGCAUGACCGGAAGUGGUUAGAAAAUUUGAGAUCCAAAUCAUCCCUGACAAAUGAGUCUAAUGAGGGUAACAGUAGUCCCACUUUAGGGUGGAGGCGUAAUGUACUACUUGUUGAAGCUUCACACAGUCCAGAUUCCGGAAGUGUGAUUAACCAUGCCCGGACUCUAAAGAAAGUGCCAUCGCCAACAAAUCUAUCUCCAUAUGCAUCUCCUGUUUUCCCUUCUAGCCCACGUCGGUAUAGUCCUGAUUCUCAGAGGAUUGGACGGAUUGAUCUGGUCCCCGCUUUAAGUUUAGACAGUCAAUUAGGAAAACCAACUACAUCACCUCCAGUUUCUCCUCGAGGACUUAGACUGCUAUCUUCACCUGUCAGACAAUUGCACGACAAAUUGCAAAAUACACCACAAGUGGGUGUUGUACAUUUGGCUCUUCAGAGUAAUUUUACCCUAAAAGAGAAUCAUGACUUAAUUGUCUUGCAGCACGGUGCAGAUCUGUAUGAGAGCUUAUUGAAGGAAAUGUGCGCUGAUGAGGAUGGUGAUCUAUUGAUAGAUUCUGCUGUGAAAAAUGUGCCCAAAGUUUUUGUUGUGUCAACCUUGGUGAGCAUGAUGCCUGCACAGCCUUUCAUAUUUCGCAACUAUCAGUACCCUACUGGUACACCGGAGGUGACUCUUGCAAUGUCAGAAAGCUCUGGGGUCGUAUUAGUGUCACCUACAGAUGCACAAGUUGGCUAUACUUAUAAGCGCAGUGCAUUCAUUGGAAGUUGUAAGCAUCAAAUAUGGAAGGCUAUCAGAGCUUCCUCAGCUGCUCCUUAUUAUCUUGAUGAUUUCUCAGAUGGUACUGAAUGCUCUGUUAUUGUUUACAUCAGUUGGUUGUAUUUAAGUUUUCAUUAUUGACAUGUCGAAUAAGAUUUUCCCUUAUGCGCGGUUUGUCUGUCUGAGACUCUAAAGAAAGUGCCAUCGCCAACAAAUCUAUCUCCAUAUGCAUCUCCUGUUUUCCCUUCUAGCCCACGUCGGUAUAGUCCUGAUUCUCAGAGGAUUGGACGGAUUGAUCUGGUCCCCGCUUUAAGUUUAGACAGUCAAUUAGGAAAACCAACUACAUCACCUCCAGUUUCUCCUCGAGGACUUAGACUGCUAUCUUCACCUGUCAGACAAUUGCACGACAAAUUGCAAAAUACACCACAAGUGGGUGUUGUACAUUUGGCUCUUCAGAGUAACUCAGAUGGCUUGAUAAUGAGCUGGCACAAUGAUGUAUUUGUGGUUGCUGAACCUGGAGAGCUUGCUACGAAGUUUGUAGAAAGUGUUAAACUCAGUUUGUUGUCAACAAUGAGAAAUCACCGCAGAAAGGGAGCAGCUCUCCUGGCCAAUAUAGUCACUGUUUCUGAUCUUGUUGCCUUCAAGUCUUAUUUCCACAUAGGAGGCAUUGUCCACCGCUAUCUAGGCUGUCAAACCAUAGUUGUGGAAGAUGAUCGAGAAAUUAGUUCAUAUACGUUUCGUAGGACUGUACCGUCUAUGCAACUAUCAGCGAACGAUGUAAGAUGGAUGGUUGGAGCUUGGAGAGACAGAAUCAUAAUAUGCACAGGGACAUAUGGACCUACUCCUGCUCUUGUUAAGGCCUUUAUGGAUGGCGGUGCCAAAGCUGUUGUAUGUCCUUCAAAUGAACCCCCACUGUCUCAGGUGACCUUUGAUGAUAACGGAGAGUUGAAUGUGAUGGAAAAUGGAAGGUUUGAACUUGGAGAGGAUGAAGGGGAUGAUGAUGUCACACCCGCCAGUCCAGAAAGUGACUGGGAAGAUAGUGACGUGGAGAAAAACGGGACCAAGAUCUCAUCAUUAUUUGACAAUGAUGAAGAGGAACUGUCACAAUUUAUCUGUGAGUUGUAUAAAUCAUUGUUCAGGGAGGGUGCUAGUGUCCUUGUUGCUUUCCAAGAAGCUCUGGCCUCGCAUCGAAGAUUGGGGUAUGCGUGCCAUCUCCCCAGUAUAGAUUAAUUUGUUUAAUUAUUUUUAAUAAAACUAAUUAUAAUGAUAAUAAGAUAUUAGCAUGACAUGAACGGUUAUAAUAAAUACAAACACAGAUGAAAUAUACAUCAACCCAUGUACAGAGGAUGCGAAGCAUCUGUGGAGUUGGAGACAUGAUCCUGUAGAAUUACAUUCUACAUUCAAUUUUGACGCUGGUUAAGAUGUUCUUAGAUGCAAUUGUUCAAAUACUCCUGGUAAAGCUUUGCUAGCCAGAUCGUCUGUAAUUAAAGUACUCUUAUAAAUACUGGCUAAACUUUUUACAUGUUCCAUAGCAAAUCGUUUCUAUUUUCGGAAGAACCUUUUUAUCAAACAAAGGUUGCUGUC